AAGCCAGCCGCGCACUCGCAAUCUCGCAUAACCCGCCUCGCAAGCAUUCGCGGAUGCAGGCAGGCUGGUCGCUGCCCCGCCUCUGUGUCCAAACCCAGGCCACAGGUUCCUCUCGUGCCUCCCGUGGGCGCCUACAACACUCCGCCGGGUCGCAGGUCCACGCCGCCGCCGCCGCCGCCGAACAAUCAAACCCAGCCCCGUUAAAAACCCGGCCACUCCGCUCCGAAUCCCAACCGCGCGUGUGCUCUUCUCUUUUCCAUCAGAAGAAAAGAGAUACAGCUGGCGGUAUUCUAUUAGCGCGAACUAGUAGCAGGAGAAGGAUAAACAAAUCCGCGCACGGCCCGGGGGCGAUGGGAACCGUGCUGGAUUCCAACUUCCUGGCGCUCACCGCCAUCGUCACUGUUGGGUAUCAGCUGGUGUUCUUCAUCAUCACUGCUCUCCUCAAGUUCGAUAAGGUCACGGAUUUCGCAGGCAGUACAAAUUUUGUCAUAAUUGCUGUCCUAACACUAGUUUUGAAGGGAACAUGGCACUUCCGUCAGAUUGUAUUGACAGUGCUUGUUGUGAUUUGGGGCCUUCGCUUAGCAGUGUUUCUACUAAUGAGGAUUUUGAAAUGGGGAGAGGAUAAACGGUUUGAUGAGAUGCGUGGUAACUUGGGAAAGCUAGCAGUCUUUUGGACUUUCCAGGCUGUCUGGGUUUGGACUGUCAGCUUGCCUGUUACAAUUGUGAAUGCAAGCAAUAGAAACCCUUCGAUUGAAGCUCGGGAUAUCAUUGGUUGGAUAAUGUGGGUCGUCGGUUUAUCUGUGGAAGCUAUAGCUGAUCAGCAGAAGCUUAAGUUCAAGAAUUCUCCAAGCAACAGGGGAAAGUGGUGUAACGUGGGUCUUUGGAGUUAUACCCGCCACCCAAAUUACUUUGGAGAGAUAUUCCUUUGGUGGGGAGUGUUUGUAGCAUCAGCGCCAGUUCUCUCAGGAGCUGAAUGGCUUGUGAUCUUGGGACCUAUAUUCCUGACACUCUUGCUUCUUUUCGUUAGUGGGAUCCCACUUCUUGAGGCAUCUGCUGAUAAGCGCUUCGGUCGGUCAGAAGAAUACCAUGCAUACAAGAAAUCAACAAGCCCUCUUAUCCCAUUGCCACCUGUUGUGUAUGGAGCCCUUCCUGAUUGGUUCAAGGUAGCUUUUCUCCUCGAGCUCCCGCUCUACAAUCCUGGGCCGGAACGUGAACCCGUCAGUGUCAGCUGAGUGCUGAAUGUGCAUUGUUCUGCUGAUCUCCAGUGAUUGUACAUGUACCUUUUAUUGUGGGUGAGGGAUUCUUUCCCCUUUCAUUUUAAGGGUUUACAGUGAAGUCUAUCCGUAUGUAUCUCCCAGAAUGUUCAAACUCAUACGUUGCCUUACCAGUGUAAAGUUUGAUCUUCUUUUAUGCUCUCUUCUCCAA